CCCUUGGUGGUCGCCCUUUCUCUCCAAGAGUGACAGUGAUCGCGGGGGGGGGGGGGGGGGAAGGGGUGCGGGAGAGCCGGCGAGGGUGGCAAGCUCCCUCGGGGGCGAAGAGAGUGGACGGGAGCAGAAGGCGGCCCCUCCCGACGUCCGGGUCCCGCACGCUGGGAUCGGCCAGCCCCGCCGGGGUCCCGUCGGUCCCAGCCCGGACGCGCGUCCCCGCGCCGCCCCGCCCGCACCCCCCGCCCCCCGCGCGCGCCCGCGGGGUCGACCCGGGUGGGCGAGGCGCGCGCCCGGCCUCGGUCCCGUCCCGCCCCCUCCCUCCCCGGGGGCGGCGCGGCCGCGCAGGCGCGCGAGACACACGGGCGCGCGGGCCGGCCCCGGGCCUCCAUGAUGGAGGAGCGAGCGGCCGCCGCGGUCGCCGCCGCCGCCUCCUCCUGCCGUCCGCUCGGCUCCGCCGCUGGCCCCGGCCCGACGGGGGCGGCCCCGGUCUCGGCCCCUGCCCCCGGCCCGGCCGGGAAGGGAGGCGGCGGUGGCGGCGGAGGCAGCCCCGGCCCCACGGCGGGGCCGGAGCCGCUGAGCCUGCCCGGCAUCCUCCACUUUAUCCAGCACGAGUGGGCGCGCUUCGAGGCGGAGAAGGCCCGCUGGGAGGCCGAGCGCGCCGAGCUGCAGGCUCAGGUGGCCUUCCUCCAGGGAGAGAGGAAAGGGCAGGAGAAUCUCAAGACAGACCUGGUGCGGCGGAUCAAAAUGCUGGAGUAUGCACUGAAGCAGGAGAGGGCCAAAUACCACAAAUUGAAGUUCGGGACAGACCUGAACCAAGGGGAGAAGAAGGCAGAUCUCUCAGAACAAGUUUCCAAUGGCCCUGUGGAGUCGGUCACCCUGGAAAACAGCCCCCUGGCAUGGAAGGAGGGACGGCAGCUUCUCCGGCAGUACCUGGAAGAGGUGGGCUACACUGACACCAUCCUGGACAUGCGUUCCAAGCGUGUGCGCUCCCUGCUGGGCCGCUCCCUGGAGCUCAACGGCGCGGUGGAGCCCAGUGAAGGGGGCCCCCGGGCCACACCGGGCCCAGGGGGGCUCAGUAGUGGGGAGUCACUGCUGGUAAAACAGAUCGAGGAACAGAUCAAGAGGAACGCAGCGGGCAAAGACGGCAAAGAGCGGCUGGGCGGCUCAGUGCUAGAGCAGAUCCCCUUCCUGCAGAACUGUGAGGACGAGGACAGCGAUGAGGAUGACGAGCUGGACAGUGUGCAGCACAAGAAGCAGCGUGUGAAGCUGCCAUCCAAGGCCAUGGUGCCUGAGAUGGAGGAUGAGGAUGAGGAGGAUGACUCAGAGGACGCCAUCAAUGAGUUUGACUUUCUGGGCUCCGGGGAGGACGGCGAGGGCUCCCCCGAUUCCCGGCGCUGCGGUGGAGAUGGGACCCACCAUGAGCUGGAAAGUCGGCGGGUCAAACUCCAGGGUAUUUUGGCCGACCUCCGAGACGUGGAUGGGCUGCCCUCUAAAGUGACAGGCCCACCUCCUGGCACCCCCCAGCCACGGCCACACGAAGGUUCCUUUGGCUUCUCCUCAGACGUUUUCAUCAUGGACACUAUCGGGGGCGGGGAGGUGAGCCUGGGGGACUUGGCAGAUCUCACCGUCACCAAUGACAACGACCUCAGCUGCGAUCUGUCUGACAGUAAGGAUGCCUUCAAGAAGACGUGGAACCCCAAGUUCACCCUGCGCUCACACUAUGAUGGCAUCCGCUCCCUGGCUUUCCACCACAACCAGUCGGCCUUGCUCACAGCCUCUGAGGAUGGCACGCUCAAGCUCUGGAACCUGCAAAAGGCUGUCACAGCCAAGAAGAAUGCUGCGCUGGACGUGGAGCCCAUUCACGCCUUCCGGGCUCACAGGGGCCCUGUGCUGGCCGUGGUCAUGGGCAGCAACAGCGAAUUCUGCUAUAGUGGAGGUGCAGAUGCCCACAUCCACAGCUGGAAGAUUCCAGAUCUCAACAUGGACCCCUAUGAUGGUUACGACCCCAGCGUUCUGAGCCAUGUCCUGGAGGGCCACGGGGACGCCGUGUGGGGCCUGGCCUUCAGCUCUGCCACACAGCGCCUGGCCUCCUGCUCGGCUGAUGGCACCAUCCGCAUCUGGGACCCCAGCAGCAAUAGUGCCAGCUGCCUCUGCACCUUCUCCACAGCCAGCGAUCACGGGAUCCCCACCUCAGUGGCCUUCACCAGCACCGAGCCUGCCCACAUUGUGACCUCUUUCCGCUCUGGAGACACUGUCCUGUAUGACGUGGAGACCGGCAGUGCACUGCUCACGCUGGAGUCCCAGGGGAGCAGUGGCCCAACCCAGAUCAACCAGGUGGUGAGUCAUCCAAACCAGCCCCUCACCAUCACUGCCCACGACGACAGGGGCAUCCGCUUCCUGGACAAUCGGACAGGGAAAUCUGUGCACUCCAUGGUCGCCCACCUGGACGCCGUCACCUGCCUGGCCGUGGACCCCAAUGGCGUAUUCCUGAUGUCAGGAAGCCACGACUGCUCCCUGCGCCUGUGGAGCCUGGACAACAAGACGUGCGUGCAGGAGAUCACAGCCCACCGCAAGAAACAUGAGGAGGCCAUCCAUGCCGUCGCCUGUCACCCCAGCAAGGCCCUCAUUGCCAGCGCAGGCGCCGAUGCCCUGGCCAAGGUCUUCGUGUGACGCCCACAUGGCCCUGCCCUGGCCGCCACCAUGCUGGCUACCAGCUAAGGAGUGGGGCCGGGCAGGUGGGGCUGAGGUACCUCCUGGCCUCUUCCCACCAGCCCUGGAGCCUGGUGGUGCUACCAGGCAGGCCCUCCUCUGGCCUGCCCUUCCCCAACACACAGCCUGGGGGGGGGGGUGGCCUCCUGCACGAAGUUCUCCAGGACAGUCCAGGAGGCUUCCUCUGUGCCACCAGACACCCACUCCUGGUUUCUUGGGCCAGCACAGCCAUGGCUGGGUGUCCUUGGGUGGGGAUCAUAUUUUCCAAGACGCCAGAAGGUGCCAGGUUCUCUCUUUGAACCCUGACCCCUACCUUCCCCCCUCCUGGACUUGGGUGGGAGCUGUGCUAUGAGGACCCCUUCUGGGGUCUACCCUCUGGGGCACCGGAGAGCCAGCAGUUCCCCAGGCUGUCCUCAUGGGGCACUAGACCUGGCCCACAGGGUCCACUGCCCUCUCCUCCAGUCCCUCAGCACAGCUUUCAGACACUACCCAGCACUCCCAGCGCCCCUCGAGGCCUGGGGAGCAGGAGAUGCCAUUGGGAGGUGCCCUCCCUACCUCCCCCAACACUCCUCCCAGCCCCUCACGGGGUCAGCCCCUACCAGGGCCACGGAGGUUGGAGUGGGGUCCCUGGGCCCCCCAUAUCUCCCUGUAUAUCUGUAUAAUAAUUGGGAUUUUAACGGAGCCCUAUCCCCGCCCACGUUAUCACUGUGUGAUAGUCUGUGUCUCCUCUCCUGCCCUCCGCUCUAAUCCGCUAUUUAUUUCACUCUCUCUUGGGUUCACCCUGUGCCUUCGGGCCCCCUUCAUGGUUCCUGUUUAUAAGCCCUGUCCACUCUGCCCCCGACUUGUAUGUGAAACCUGUCUCAAUAAAGCCUUUGGAGUAAGA